UGAGAAGACAUUCUGUGCUCGACCAGGAUCGUGUGCGCAUCAUGCUUUUGUAUUCCGUGUCCUUGGUGUUGUUAUGGCUGAAGCCAUCGCUGGCUGUAGACGUGCCUUCGGUCGCUUCUUCUGAAGAUAUCUCACAGAUAAACAAUCUAAGAGCUGAUGAAGGGCCUGCAGUAAGCAUAGACCCUCGACUAAGACGAGCAUUGCUACGAGUACUAACCAAAUUGGAUGAGGAAGAUCGCCGCAAAGGACAUCAGGAGGCAGCAAGGCAAAUGGCGGAAGUAAUGCAGAACAUAAUUACAGAAGAAGAUUUCAUAAAAUAUUUUCAAGAACAAGGCUUGGAGAAAGAGCUCUUAGAGCAUUUCGAAUCAAAAGAAACCCAAUCAGAGAACGAAAAGAACCUUCCCAAUUUAGAAGAAAUCCUUUCGUACAGUUCAGACGACUCUCAGAAAGAAUCUGAAACUCCUUUCACUUUUGCCUCUUAUCCAGAAGAUAAAAAUGAGGGCAAAAAUGGAGAUUUAGUUCAAGAUUUUAAAAAUAAGGAUAAAUACCCGGCCACAAAUCCAACGCCAUCUUUAAGGGAUGCCAUUUACUUCCAAAUUCCAGAACCUAUUCACAUCUCAGAAUCAGAGGUGAAAGAAGAGAAAGACAGUGGGACUUUUAAUGUGCAAGAAACAAGGAGCAUACAGGGACCUACUCUUGUUUCACCGACAGAAGAUAACAGCUAUCACGCGGAACAACUAAAAGUGCAAGAGGAAGAAAAUACAAGCUUAUUUACAAACAACCAGUCUGAUAAAGAAAAUAUCGAGGAAGAACAAAAAGUAAGUUUUAUCACUGUUGAUCAAACUAAAAGCAAUGAAUAUCAAGGUAGAGAUAAUGACAAGGACUUAAAAACCGAAGUGGACUUUCAAACCAGUAAUGGGACAGAAGUUCAGGAUACUGAGGAUUCUGGAAACUCUUCCAUGAAAGUUAAAUUAGAAAAACAUGAAGUUGAAUUCCUUCAUGCUCCUCUUUUAGCUGCAUUUACUGUUCAACAAGACCAGCAAGGACUUCCUAGGAGAGUGAUUCCCCUUAAUUACCAAGCAUCUGGUGAACCUAUUCCAUUGCCAAGCAAUAAGGAUCAGCAGAGUUUAAGCAAACAAAAUUCGAUUGAAGAUAAACAAAAACAACUUCAACAACAGGUCAAUUUCUUGCAAGAUCAGCAACUUCAGGAACAACAGUAUCAAAGACUUCAGGAGUUUGUAAAGCAGAGACAGAGACUUCUUGAAGAAGAAGCGCAGAGACAGUUGAUAAUUGAAAACCAGAAAAGACAGUAUGAGAAUGAGCAAAGACUGAUCAUUGCAAGGCAACGUCAACAACAGAUACUCUUCCAAAACCAGCAACAAGACUCUCAAUUAGAGGCUCUGAAAGAACUGGAAAGACAGAGAUAUUACCAACAACAGCAGAACUAUCAAAGUAAUAUUCAAAAUCCCCAAAACGUUCACUUUCAGAAAAGCGUUGACUUUCAGUUUCAAGCUAAUGCACAGCAACCAGCGAGCUUCUCCCAGCCAUCAAACAAAUUUCAAAAUUCCUUUAACAACUACAACACUCCCUUUCAGCCCUCCGUAGAGUUAAACAGGGUUAAUCGCCAUGAGCCUUCUAACUUUAUAGGGAAUUUUGGACUCUCUAAUUCACAACCCAGCUUCAAUUUUCAUUCAUCGGGACGGGCAACAGUCCAACCCUUCGUACAACCAACUCAAUCAACCUACAUUCAACCUUCGAACUUCAUACAGCCUUCGUUUCAACAACACAGAUUCUCGCAGUCCAACCAGUUUUUGCGUUCUCAACCUUCCCUCUCGGUAGAUGGUCAAAUACAGAGUCUUCUGUCUAUCGCUGGAAUUGCAGGAGGCCUACAGAAUAAACCCAAUGCACAAGAAGACCUGAAUAUAGUUUCUAAAGUUCUCGCACUCGGACACGGCGAGGCGCAGUUUCAAAGACAACAAUUUCAAGCAUCAACAAAACACGAAACCAUAGUAGAACCACCAUCUCGGGUCGUAGAACCACCUAAGUUGUGAAAGCAUGAGAAGUGUACAUAAUCGUUGCCAUCUGAAACCUCUGUGACUGACAAUCAAAAUAGGUUUUUAUACGAUAAGCCUAUCUGAAAUAUUGCCGACUUCAGUUCUUAUAAAAUAUUUUGUGUGUUUUCAGAUUUGCUCAAGAAUCGUAAGCUGUAAAUAGAAUGUUUUAGUUUCUGUAGAGUUAUCUUAUUCGCUGUUAAAUCACAGUCAUGCCCAGUUGGAACCAGUACUAAGUGUUAAUGAAGGCACCCAGAUUCCAAAUGUGUUAGGCGAAACGUAAAUAAAAGUGGUAAUAUACAAUUUGGAACUGUCCAAGUGUUUUAAUUAGCUCCGUAGGGUAUAUCAUGACAACUUACACUAUUUUAGGCGUGUGUAUUUUUACUUGCAUAUUGACACCAAUUUUUCUUUCCUACAUUAGAGUAAGCGAUACAAGGCAGUCCUAUUACCUACACUGUAUUCUGAAUAUAGAUAAUGUAUUACGCUAUACUCAUGUGAUUGUUAAGCAGUCGUUAAAAAUACUUUGUUUAUUUAUUUUACUUUGUUCUUUGUUAAAUAUUAACUCUCUAAAGAAAUAGUAAAAUCUGUUUGCCCCAGCCAAAUAUACAAAUAAGUUAUGUUAUUGUUAAUGUAUAGUUGUGUAAAUAAAGAUAAUAGUGUUACUAAUACA